AUGAAGGCUCAUGCUCGGGCAGUGAACGGCUCUCAUAACCUAUACGAAACGGAGAACCAAAGGAAUAUCACCAGUCGUCCUGGCGCGUCAGUACUGACCCGACCUCGCCUGAUCAGUCUCUCACCGUCUGGGAGUGUUCUCUCGUCAGUAACUGGCGAAACGUCGAGUGAAUUUGAGGACGCCUCUCACAGCUGCUCCCGGAAAGUUCAGAAGCAGCCCAAACGCAAGACACUGCACAUUAAAAAAGAAGAAGAAUGUGAAUUGGGGAGUAUCCCAACACGCAACACCAAAAGCUUUACUCGUCGCAAAAAAGAGUCACCCGAGGACGGAAUUCAUUGGGCAAGGCGCUUGAAAUCCGAUAACGCCAAUAAAGAACUUGAACUCAGCCAGCUCCGCUCGAACAUUGGCAUCAUAAGGGGCGAGAACAAACAGCUACAUGAACAGAUUCGGCAGCUCCAAGAGCGGCUCAAUCGUCACCGAGAAAUCAACCCAGCUGUAUUCGACCAGAACGUUGACGAAGUGUCUGUCACCGAAGUCAGGGCUCAACUCGAAAUGCUUAACUACUUAUUGGACCAUUUCUCUUCAUCGCUUCGUGCUACUGCUCAUGACGCAGCGGCCUCGAGUACGGCUCCCAACAAGACUCAUAUUCCACUUUCCUCGAACUACAAACUAUAUCAAGAUCGGCAGUCGAGGCUAUGCGAGGCACUAUUUGCCUAUGGUGAACGGAUGGAUUAUAGUGGCAUGAUUGUCGAUGCAAUUCUACAUCAUCUGCUUAUUCUCCAGCUCAACUUUCUAUACUUCUCUGGAGAUGUCCUUGCUAAAGCCUUUGACCCGGGUAACCUCCUCUCUGACAUACUCAAGAUUCUUGACAAAACAGAGUCGUGGUCUAUUGCUCAACGAUGGUCUUCAUUCGUUGCAUUAGCUGCCGCAAACGCCGAAGCCCCCUUCGUUCGCAAACACAACCAGAUCGUUGAUGAAGCAAAAGCCGACUUGACACAACUUAUCCUGGAACUCUUCGCCAUUCAGCACAGACUGCCAGUAAUGGACUUCGAACCUUUGCGAUCGCAUAUCCUCACUCAGCUAGCGGAUAUUCACAAGCUCGCAAUGCAACUUUGCCUCACAUUGCGUGGCGAUUUGCUUACUGUGCGUGCCAACGUCGAGUGUCCUAAGCCCUCUCCAACGUUUGGUAAUUUCCCUGCGUACAAUCCCGAAGAUAUGGCUAUCCACUGGCCUAACUUGGGCGAGCGACCGGGUGACGAGCUCAUCAGUGUGAUUCAUUUCGGGCUUACAAAAAGAAACUCAUCAGGAGAAAUGACCUUCAUAAUGAAGCCUCGCGUUCUCACUAUUUCACUGAUCCAGCGUUUUUCAGAAGGAAUCACAUUUUAA